AAGCACACGGGGAGGAAGAACGCACAGAUCUCAUACGACAUCGAUUACAAACACAGCUCGGACUCUGACUAAAUCCUUGAGGUUGGCAUUAGACUCCCCCACAGCCCCCGUGAGAGGAGCUUGGAUCAUACUGUUUGGCCCCUUCUCUCUCUCUCUCUCUCUCUCUCUCUCUCUCUCUCUCUCUCGCUUGUCAAAAACCCAAAUCCUGAGAAGAAAACGUGCUUACCUGGAAGGGACGCGGGUGUUUGACUAUUUUCCUGCAGGAUUUUCCCCACUUUCAACAUUUUUACGCACAAGUCGCCAAACGACGCCGGGGUCGAAUCAAAGGAUUACUAUUGUGUGUUAAAAGAAAGCGCUUGGCUGUGGCGUCCUGUGUGCGCGUCUUCCUCUCUGUGCACUGGAAAGUGCUGAUAUAUCUGCACUAACUAGCCUUGGGACUUGAGCGGGGAGCGGCUCGGAAGUGUACUUGACAGGAGCGGCAAAUCUGGGGAGACCAAAAAACAUUUAUUUUUUUAAGCUGGUGUCGGGAAACUGAAAAUACUGCGAAGAUGCCUCUUGCACAGAUCGCGGAACCGUGGCCCACUAUGGAACUCGUGCAGCUUGAAACAGAGAAUGGCCAGAGCACUACCGAGGACGGAGUCACAACUGCUGUCAAGGAAGAUGGAGACAUCAAGGAGAUCAACAUUACCCAUGUGGUCAAAGAGGGCUCAGAGAAGGCUGAUGCCUCCCAGUUUGAGCUUCUCAAAGUAUUGGGACAGGGAUCUUUCGGCAAGGUGUUCCUGGUGCGAAAGGUGACCCCUCCUGAUGCCAACCAGCUCUAUGCCAUGAAGGUCCUGAAGAAGGCCACACUCAAAGUAAGGGACCGUGUGAGGACGAAGAUGGAGAGAGACAUCCUGGCCGACGUCAACCACCCAUUUGUUGUCAAACUGCACUACGCUUUCCAGACUGAAGGGAAGUUGUACUUGAUCCUUGACUUCCUCAGAGGAGGAGAUCUCUUCACUAGACUUUCCAAAGAGGUGAUGUUCACAGAGGAGGAUGUGAAGUUUUAUCUAGCAGAACUGGCAUUAGGACUGGACCACCUCCACAGCCUGGGCAUCAUUUACAGGGACCUCAAACCUGAAAACAUUCUCCUGGAUGAGGAGGGACAUAUCAAACUCACAGAUUUUGGCUUGUGUAAAGAAGCCAUUGAUCACGAGAAGAAAGCUUAUUCCUUCUGUGGUACUGUGGAGUACAUGGCACCAGAAGUUGUUAACAGGCAGGGACACACCCACAGCGCCGACUGGUGGUCAUUCGGGGUACUAAUGUUUGAGAUGUUGACAGGAUCGCUGCCGUUUCAAGGGAAGGACCGCAAAGAGACCAUGAAUCUGAUUCUGAAGGCGCGUCUAGGAAUGCCUCAGUUUUUAAGUGCAGAGGCCCAAUCUCUUCUCAGGGCUUUGUUCAAGAGGAACCCUGCCAACAGACUGGGAUCUGGUGCUGACGGUGCCGAGGAGAUUAAGCGGCAUGGUUUCUUUUCUACCAUCGACUGGAAUAAACUCUUCCGAAAAGAAGUAAAGCCUCCAUUCAGACCAGCGGUAGCACGUCCGGAUGACACCUUCUACUUUGACUCUGAGUUCACUUCCCGCACACCUAAAGACUCACCCGGUGUGCCGCCCAGUGCCGGAGCCCACCAGCUCUUUAGAGGCUUCAGCUUCGUCGCGUCAACUAUGUUGGAGGAGGAAGGUUUAGUGCAGCCAGUGCAGCCUCCACCGCAUCCAGUGGUCCAGCAAUUACACGGGAAGAACCUGCUGUUCAGCGAUGGCUAUGUACUGAAGGAAGACAUCGGCAUGGGCUCUUUCUCUGUCUGUAAACGGUGUGUCCACAAAGCUACCAACACUGAAUAUGCUGUCAAGAUGAUUGACAAGACCAGUACAGACCCUUCUGAGGAGAUUGAGAUUCUGCUCAGAUAUGGACAGCACCCCAACAUCAUUACCCUAAAGGAUGUGUAUGACAAUGGUAAGCAGGUGUUCCUGGUGACGGAGCUGAUGCGUGGAGGAGAGCUGCUGGAUCGGAUCCUCAAGCAGAAGUUCUUUUCGGAGAGAGAAGCCAGUGCUGUGCUUCACACCAUCACCAAGACCGCAGAAUACCUCCACUCACAGGGGGUGGUGCACAGAGACCUGAAGCCCAGUAACAUCCUCUAUGUUGAUGAGUCAGGGAAUCCUGAGUCAAUCAGAAUCUGUGACUUUGGCUUCGCUAAGCAGCUGCGUGCCAACAAUGGCCUGCUGAUGACUCCAUGCUACACUGCUAACUUUGUCGCUCCUGAGGUGUUGAAGCGUCAGGGCUACGAUGAGGGAUGUGAUAUCUGGAGUCUGGGAGUCCUACUCUACACCAUGCUGGCAGGUUUCACUCCAUUUGCCAACGGACCUGAGGACACCCCCAAUGAGAUCCUGAACAGGAUAGGCAACGGUCACUUCAGUCUGACUGGAGGCAACUGGGACACUGUGUCUGAUGCUGCCAAGGAUCUUGUGUCCAAGAUGCUUCACGUGGACCCCCAUCAGAGACUGACUGCUAAGCAGGUUCUCAAACACCCCUGGAUCAUCCAGAGAGACAAACUACCCAACAGCCAGCUUCCACACCAGGACCCCAAACUGGUGAAGGGUGCAAUGGCAGCCACCUACUCCGCCCUGAAGAACUCCCAACCCACUCCAGAGCUCAAGCCCAUUGAGAGUUCCUUCUUAGCUCAGAGGCGCGUCAAGAAGCUUCCCUCAACCUCUCUGUAGAGACUCAAAAACAGCCAAUCAGCUCACUGAAGUCUGAUCAGAACCACACCUCUUGGCUCCAAACCACCCAGUCAGCUUGCUCAAGGACUUAACUGUCCACCCGCCAAUACCAGCCAAGGAACACUGACUGUGGUCCUGCCCCCAUCUUGUGACGCUAGUAGUCCUGCUCUUGCUAUCAACAUCCUUGUGUGGGCUCAUCAGCUGCUGUUAGCCAAUCUGUUUGGACUAGCAAAAAAAA